AUGGCUGACCUGUCGACGACACCAACAGUUCUCAUCACCGGCUGCAGUGACGGCGGGCUGGGUGCUGCGCUGGCCGAGGCCUUCGCACGAAGGGGCUUCCACGUGCUAGCAACGCUUCGCAACCCAGCCAAGGCUGCGGAGCUGGCAUCCCAUCCAGGCAUCGAGGUCCUGUCGUUGGACGUGACAGACACGGCAUCGAUAGCCUCGUGUGCCGCGGCCGUCGCCACGAAGACGGGCGGGCGGCUCGAUGUGCUGGUCAACAACGCCGGCAGCAUGUUUGUCAUGCCACUCCUCGACACCGAUCUGGCGGAGAGCAAGAGGCUGUACGACGUCAACGCCUUUGCUCCCAUGCUGGUCCGCUCCCGGGGCGUCGUUCUGAACAUCGCCAGCAUUGCGGGCGCGGUGAGAAUGGCUUGGCAAGGCAUCUACAACUCGUCCAAGGCCUCGGCACGCUGGAUCUCGGAAACGCUCCGGAUCGAGAUGCAGGGCCUGGGCGUCCGUGUCAUCACGGCCAUGGUGGGUGAGGUCGAGACCAACAUCUUCCAGAAUGCGCGCGCGCCGCCCUCGCUGCCCCCGUCUUCGUACUACGGGUCCAUCAAGGACCUUAUCUUCCAGCAGGGCACGGGUCAGAUGCAGAAGGAGAAUGAAAAGGCCUCCGUGACGGCCGAGAACCUGGUUCGGGAUGUGCUCAGCGGGCGCGACGGGCACGUGUGGCGGGGCGGCGUGGCCGGCCGCGCCAAGUACUUGCAUUGGAUGCUUCCCGAGCGAUUGUUCGAGUGGUUCCUGCACUCUUCCAGGGGUGUUUACCAGGUUCAGCCCCCAAAGUAG